AUGCUUUCCGUGACUAGGAAACAGGCCAGUAGGCCGUCCCAGAUAUUCGUUCGUACACUGUUCUCUCCGCCGACGCGUGGCAAGCAGAGUCUUGUUAUCCUAGGCUCGGGCUGGGGUGGAUACGAGGUCUUGAGGGGGGUCGACAAGAAGAACUGGAACGUUACUAUUAUUUCUCCCAACACGUACUUCAACUUUACCCCUCUCUUGGCGAGCGCGGCUGUAGGGACUUUGGAAUUCAGGUGUACGGUUGAACCUGUGCGCAGAUACACACCUAAAGUGUCGUACUAUCAGGCUUGGUGCGACAACAUCGAUUUCAAGCACAAGACCCUCACAUGUGUCGCAGCAACGCCUCCGGUCUCUUUUGGUGACUCGCCUCCAGCUACGCCCCAACCAUUUUCCAUCAAAUAUGACAAGUUGGUAAUCGCCGUCGGUGCCUAUCGCCAGACAUUUGGGAUCCCCGGAGUCAAAGAACACGCCCAUUUUCUGAAAGAUGUCAAAGACGCGCGUAGAAUUAGGACAAGGAUUCUUGAAUGUCUUGAACAAGCGAAUCAACCGGAUAUGACCGACGCAGAGCGCCGGAAGCUACUAAACUUUUGUGUCGUUGGAGGCGGACCUACUGGCGUCGAGUUCGCGGCCGAACUACACGAUCUGUUACAUACCGAAAUAGCCCAUCAACAUCCGGAACUCGCGAAGAUGGCCCGAAUCAAUCUGUAUGAUGUCGCGGACAGUAUCUUGGGAACAUUUGACAGGAGUCUUGUGAGGUAUACUGAAAACACAUUACGACGCGACGGUAUCAACAUUCAUCUGAGGCACCACGUUGAGAAGGUUGAGAAGGGAAAAUUGUUCAUAAAGGAUGUCGGAGAAGUACCUUUCGGACUCCUUGUGUGGAGUACUGGUCUUGCACCCAAUCCUCUUAUCAGCGCUAUCACAGAACUGAAGAAACGGGACACCACUAGCAGAGUACUCACAGAUGGAUACCUCAAUGCCCUGAACGUAGACGGAACGCCCAAUCUUGAUGUAUGGGCUAUUGGGGAUGCCGCCUCAAUAGAGUCCGACCCUUUGCCCGCAACUGCUCAAGUCGCAAAUCAGAAGGCUAAAUAUGUUACCAAGACCCUUAACAAACUUGCUAACCUCAGCCAUUCCCACGAAGAUGAGGAACCCUUGAAGGGCGCCCACGUUGAUGAGCCUUUCCAGUUUAGGAACCGAGGCAGUCUUGCAUAUAUUGGCGGAUGGCGAGCCAUAUAUGACCGGUCGAAAGCCACGGGUGACGGCGAAAACACAUUCAUGAACAAAGAAUCAGGUCGUGUAGCGUGGUUACUGUGGCGCUCUGCGUACUUCACGCAAACGUUGAGUUGGAGAAACAAAAUCCUAGUCCCCACGUAUUGGUUCUUGAACUGGAUAUUCGGGCGCGACUUGACAAGAUUCUGA